AGCUCGUCAAAAGUUUCAUUCCUCUCAACCAUCCGACAAGUCGAUUGCCCUGGUGAGCACCAUAUUCAUCAGAACUCGCAAUCAUGGGUAUCUCUCGUGACUCUCGCCACAAGCGCUCCGCCUCCGGUGCCAAGCGCGCCUACUACCGGAAGAAGCGCGCUUUCGAGGCUGGCCGCCAGGGUGCCAACACCAAGAUCGGCGCCAAGCGAAUUCACACCGUCCGCACCCGUGGCGGUAACCACAAGUACCGUGCCCUGCGUCUCGACUCCGGCAACUUCGCCUGGGCCUCCGAGGGCUGCACCCGCAAGACCCGUGUCAUUGCUGUCGCCUACCACCCCUCCAACAACGAGCUGGUCCGCACAAACACCCUGACCCGCAGCGCCAUCGUCCAGAUCGACGCCGCUCCCUUCCGACAGUGGUACGAGUCCCACUACGGCCAGCCCAUCGGCCGCAGACGCCAGAAGGCACAGGCCGCCAAGGAGGGCAAGGAGGUCGAGGAGGUCAAGAAGAGCAAGUCCGUUGAGAAGAAGCAGGCUGCCCGCUUCGCCGCCACCGGCAAGGUCGAGUCCGCCGUCGAGAAGCAGUUCGAGGCCGGUCGCCUGUACGCCGUCGUCACCAGCCGACCCGGCCAGUCCGGUCGCUGCGACGGCUACAUCCUGGAGGGUGAGGAGCUGGCUUUCUACCAGAAGAAGCUGCACAAAUAAACUCGCAAUGGCGUGAGUUCGGGGGAUGGGUGUUCAAGGAUUUUUCGUUGUCUUGGGCAUUUUCAAAGGGCAUCAAGAGCUAUCUACACAUGAAGCAUCGGAUCGGGUCCAUAGGGAAUGAAAAGCUUUUAUGCAUAUCAUGUUAACAUUUUUUUCUUUUCACGUUGUUUCAUCCAAAGAUGAUAAUGAAACAAGAAACAAAAUAAUUCAAAGCACCCUCUUCCCA